AUGGACCUUCAACCCACAGGAACGCAAAAACGCGCCGUCACAGCGUGCUCGGAAUACUGCAGGAGGAAACAGAAGCCAUACGCGUCUCUGAUCCUGCGAGCAUCUUCGUUCUUCUCGCCUGACACGCAUUACUCUCGAGUAUGGAUGAAGCUGAGGAAGAGGCCGAAGGGACUCAACACGGACAUGACCUCGUUACCUUGGCUCUCACCGAGCAGAUUGGCUAUUUCACGCGCCAGGGGCACAUCCCUUUACUUCAAUUGCAACAAGUGGGCAAUCCAACAAGAGUCGUCAAUUAAGCCCGCUAACACGGCUCAGACUAUUUCAUUCGGUAUCCUCUCUCCUCGUGAUAAUUGGCGAUCUAUUGGUGCGCCUGAUCCCGGCACCAGCCAGAGGUAUCGCGAACUGCUCUCCCGGCUGCCCCCAAACGCUAUCCUCGCAGACCUCGUGGAUGUGUUUUUUGCGCAAACAUUCCUAUAUUCUCAGGUCUUGGAGCGCUUCUACUUUGAUAAGCUUCAUUCGGACUGGCUCACUAGUAAUGCUCAAUUGACCACAGCCUCCUUGCUACGCAAUAUCCGAUUCUUCUCAGCUCUCAUCUCUCAAGUGGUUGCCGUCGCGCUGCAGUUUCUUCCGUCUCAGGUUGCGGUGCGUGGAGAACUCGGAAUCGAAGACCAGGAGCAUUGUGACAAGCUAUCUCAUACAUACAAGCUCGGGACGUGGAACAGCAGCGUGGCAUGGUUUGGGAAGCGCGAUCAGGUCAGCUUGUCUGGUUCAUUGAUGCAUUCUCCAACUGACGCCUCCAGCCAUAUGGCCGUCAUUCUCAACCGGCCCCGCCUGAUACACCUCAAUGACUGCUCAGCGAAGAAACCAACAGAUUGCGAAUUCCCCCAAGACCCUUCUUCUUGCAUACCAAAAGCAUCAGGCAUCGACGGACUACCCUCUUCCCUUGCUGUGCAACUAUUCAAUUACGAUAUCGGGUGUAAAGUGCACGCGAUGUUCUCAUCUGGCACACACACGCGGCAUGUUUCGAGCUAUGAAACUGUCAUGAAUCUUGACCGCGAUGUUAGGGAAAUGCUUGAAUGA